AUGAAAACCGGACAGAACAAACGUUUUCUAUUCACUUCAGAGUCCGUUGGAAAAGGACACCCCGAUAAACUCUGCGACCAAAUCAGCGAUUCCAUCGUUGAUGCUUGUCUAGCCCAGGACAACUUCUCAAGAGUAGCCGUUGAUGCAGUGGUUAAAUCGGGCAUGGUGAUGAUAGUGGGAGAGCUCACCACAAAGGCCGUAGUUGAUUUUGAAGAAAUCACAAGAAAUGUGCUGAGAGAGGCAGGAUACACACACGAGUGGGGCCUAGACCCAGACGCAUGCACAAUACUCACGCACAUAACAAAACAGAGCAUUGAUAUCUCCAACGGCCUUGAGCAAAUCAGAGAAGACCCAUGGGACCUCGGCGCAGGAGACCAGGGAAUCAUGUUCGGAUACGCCACUGAUGAAACCCCUGAAAGAAUGCCGCAGACUGCAGCACUAGCGCACAAACUAGCCCAGGGUCUCGCCAAGCUCAGAGAAACUGUCGAUUGGCUCGGGCCUGACAGCAAGACACAAGUCACCAUGGAGUACGAAGAGAGCGUGCAAGAUGGAAUCUCCAUUCUUACGCCCAUCAGAGUCGACACAAUUGUCAUAUCCACCCAGCACAAGGAAGAGGUAGAGACGGAGUUCAUAAGAAACUUCCUAAUCUCGAAUUUAAUCAAAAAUAUCAUCGAUCACAAGCUGCUAGUUGACACUAAGUAUGUCCUGCAGCCCAGCGGUAAGUUUGUAGUCGGUGGGCCCAAGGCAGACUCAGGGCUCACAGGAAGAAAGCUCGUUGUUGACUCGUACGGUGGAUGGGGAGCGCAUGGAGGAGGCGCGUACUCUGGGAAGGACUGGAGCAAGGUCGAUAGAACAGGAGCAUACGCUGCCAGAUGGAUUGCUAAGUCUCUGAUUGACUCGGGCAUCUGCAGAAGGGCUCUUGUCCAAGUGUCCUAUGCAAUUGGCGUUCGUGACCCCAUUUCCAUAUACAUCGAUGUGUAUGGGUCAUCGAAAUACAGCAACCAGGAGAUACUCAGAAUGGUAAAUGAGAACUGGAAUCUGAGGCUUGGGGAGAUAGUGAAGAGCCUGCAGCUGGACAGACCAAUAUACAAGAAGACUUCAGUCUUUGGACACUUUGGAAGAAGCGAGUUCCCGUGGGAGCAGUCUAAGAUACUUGAGCCACUUGCUAGCACAGAUAAGGAGAAUGGAUACGCGCACUCAGAAGAGCACAAAUAG